UCUUCAAACUUAGAAGCCAUCCAGCCAACAUCACUAAGAAGAGUAAGGAGUCUCCACGGAGAGGGGGACCUAUUAUUAAUAAGGUCAAUAAUAAACUUAGAAUCACCCUAACUUAGACUCGCCGGAUGUCAUUGCACAACGCAUGUAACAGACCGUCUCGAAUAACGCUGGAGUUAUAGUCCACUAUGUUAGGUUGUAUUAAGUCGUCUUUUUUGGACCAUCUAAAUACAUUGCUUCCGCUGACAAAAACAAAAAGAAAAAGUCCACCAUGACACGCACCCUUCACAACAAGGCGCCACAAGACCCCGAUCGUCUCAGAUAUCAAAGUCUGCUGACCCGAGAAAGGAAGGAACCAAGCCAUGGGAUUCCUCACCUUCGCUGCCGCAGGCUUCGGCCUCAUCCUCAUGGGCACAUUCGAAGCCAUCGCUUCCACCACCACCUCAUCUCCACCCUCCAAUCUCCCCCAAUCCAAACCCCAAACGACGCCGUCCAGAUCCUCCUUCAUCUACUUCCUCUCCGCUUCCCUCCUCUCCUUCCUCUUCAUCCUCAACUCCCUCAUCUCCUUCUUCGACGCCGUCAACUCCCACGACCGGGUCGGGUCGGCCCAGCAGCUCCAGGUCGCCGCGAUCGCCGCCCUCUUCCUCCUCUACUCCCUCACCGGCCUCCUCACCCUCAACAACUCCUCCUUCCCUUCCUCCCUCCUCAACCUGAUCGGCCUUUUCGCGUUCGUCGAAGAGUUCAUGUACUUUUAUCUCCGGAGAAAAGACACCGUCGGAAUCGAGAACCGCUACUUCGACAUGCUGCUGGUGCCGAUCUUCGUCUGCUUGUUCGGCACGCUUCUUCAAUUGCGCAACAACUCUAGUUCGGUAAUCCCCAACUUGGUUCGAGGAGUGGGGCUGGUGCUGCAGGGGCUGUGGUUCUUUCAAAUGGGGCUUUCGAUUUACACGCGUUGGAUGGCGCACGGGUGCGUGUUGAAGGAGAAGAGCAGGGGGAAUUAUACGGUCAAGUGUAAGGGCCAUCCGGAGUAUCAUAGGGCGAGAGCUAUCGCGACGCUGCAGUUUAACUGCCAUUUGGCUCUGAUUGUGGUUUUGGUUGUUGGGGUGUAUUCGGUUGUGGUGAGGAAGACAGGAGGUGGUGGUGGUGGGGGUGAUAUUUCGAGGUAUAAGCCGCUUGGGGCGGAAAUGCAGCAUCAGAUUGAUAGUCAGGGGCAGUUUACUUUGGAUUCUGAUGAGGAGGAGGAGGAGGUUAGAGAAGAGGGUAAAGUGGUUAGGAACAAGGCUGGCGGGGAAGUGGAAUUGGAUGUGAAUGGUAAUGGUGCGCAUACAUGAGGUAAAAUCUCGCCAGUUUUGAUGUAGUGAAUGUAAAACUCUCACAUUUUGUUUUUCGUUCUUGUUCCAUGUAUUUCAUACAAGUGAGUUGGGGUGUUCUGGUUUUCAGCUUAGUUCAGUGUGAUACAUCAGUUGUGCAUGCAUUCCCAUUGUUGUUGUAUGGGUUGAACAUUGAUAAUGAGUAGCUAGAUAUAUUUUAUAGAUGAGCUUAUGUAGUGUGAUUUGGAUGAAUGUUGACACUUUGCACAGUUGUUAUAAUUCUUGAGUGUUUGAUUUUAAAC